AUGAACAAUUUGGGUAUUAAAAAGACACAACACGAGAUAAAUCUCAAGUUUUUAAACAAUCUUUUCGAAAGCUGGAAAAUGGUUAAACUCAUUAUUCAGGGAAAUCCAGCUAUUCAUACCGAAUCUUUGUAUAAUUUGUAUGGAGAACUUCAAUCGUAUGAAUCCUCGAUUGACCCACCAACUACUGCAGCUUUUGGAGGACCACUUGCUCUUGUGUCCACAACUUCACAAAACCAAACACCUUUCAUUGAUCAAAACUUUAAUCAUUUUAAUCAUACUACAUCUUUUCAAAACCAAACCUUCCAGUCUGAUUCGAAUGAUGAAGCAGAUUAUCAACAACUGUGUGCUUUGGUUGCAAACACAAAUCUCCAGAGAUUUAUCCCAAAUCAUGGAACAAAUCACUAUGCCAGAGAAUGUCGAGCCAAAAACAAAACCAAAAUCAAAGACUCAACAUACUAUGCUCAAAGAGCCGAUGAAUUGAAGAAACUGGAAAACCAAGAAAAGAAAAAAGCAUUGAUGGCAAUCCAUGAACCAAUCGUAGAAUACUGGCCAACAUCUGAUGACGAAGCGGAUAAUGAACAAGCACAAUCAAACUUCUGCUUCGUAGCUGGUGUUGAAAUACCUUCAAGAGCUCCAAACGUCAUAGAACAGGUAUGGUCUAUGAUCUCUGAACUUGGUUUUUCCAAAACAAUUUUUGAGUCCCACAUAACCAAAAUUGAGACUAGUCUGGAAACCGAUCUCAAAACAUAUCAUGACAUAAUGGUCAAUUAUGAUAUUUGCAAGUUUGAGUUACAAACCGUGCAACUCAAAUUUGGAGAAUCAACAAGAACUAAAAGCAAAUUGGAAAGAGACGUUGAAAGAAAAUCAGAAGAUUAUAAUCACGUCUUGGAACAAUUAAAUCAGUCCCUAAUUCAAAAAAGGGAUUUGGAACUAAAGAAUCAGUCAAUAAUUUCUUCUGAAACAAAAGAUGUUUUAGAAAUGGAAAUCCUUCAGUUGAAACAAGACUUUCAAGAAUCAACUGAUAAAUACAAUAUUCUAAAUGAAAAACUGACUGAUUCUUUAAAACAAAUCAAUUCUCUUAAAACCGAGAAUAAAAGACUGAUAUGGAAUAUGGAUUCUAUCAAAGUUGCUAGAAAACAAAGUGAUGAUAUUUUCACAAAGGAAUUGGAAGAGAAUCCUUUGAAAUCUACUCUACCAGAUCUUUUCACAUCUGUUAAUGAGGAAGAUUCAGAUGACGAAACAGUUAUCAACUGUAGUCCAGAUGAUACUGCUUUCAGUGUUUCCAAAAAGUCUUUCAAAAGAGUUGUAAAUUCUGAAACAAACUCUGCAAGUUCUUUAACUCACCAAAUCAAACAUACCGAUGGAACCACUAAACUCAAAAACUUUUUGAAUGGAGAAAAUUCCUCUUAUGAGGAUGGUAGUACUUCUAUACCAACUGUACUUAAUGCUGGAGAACCCAAUGAUGAUACAUGGUAUAUUGAUAGUGGCUGCUCCAAGCAUAUGACAGGAAACCGGAACUACUUACGUGACUUCAAACCUAUACAAACCAAUCAAGAUGUUACCUUCGGCAACAACAUGAAAGCAAAAAUCAAAGGUUAUGGAAACAUAACAAAUGGUAAUUUUACCAUAAAGAAAGUUGCUUUCGUCGAUGACCUGAAACACAACCUCAUCAGUGUUUCUCAACUAUGUGAUAACAAUCUUGAAGUUCUUUUCACCAAACAACGAAGCUUGAUCAUGGACACCAAAACCAAAGAUGUUAUAGUUGGUUCUGACCGUGCCGGAAAUAUGUAUCCACUUGACAUGGAUCUUAUCUAUGGUAAACCCGAUAUAUGUCUGCUAUCUAAAGCCCCAGCAGAUAUUAGUUGGUUAUGGCACCGUCGCCUUUCCCAUCUAAACUUUGGGUACAUCAAAAAAUUAAUCGGCGAUGAUCUUGUUCGAGGGCUACCACUUCUGAAGCUUGAUAACGAAACUCUUUGUGCCGCAUAUGAAAAAGGAAAACUUUCCAAAUACACUCACAAAAGCAUCUCAGAAUCUAGUGUAUCCGAACCACUAGAGUUGUUGCACAUAGACCUUUGUGGCCCUGCCAAAACCCAAACCAUACAAGGGAAGAAGAACAUUCUUGUUGUCGUUGAUGGUUUCUCGCGCUUUACUUGGGUCUUUUUCUUAAGACUAAAAUCAGAAGCACCUGAAGAGAUGAUCAACUUCAUCAAACAAAUCGAGCUGAAGCUGAAACGACCUGUUUGA